GCGGUGGCUCCUCACUUCCUGGAUGAAGAUGGCGGAUGAGAAUGAGACAGCACCGAUGCCGGAGGGAGAAGACGUAGAGGACCACGGACACUGCAGCGACUGUGAAAAUGAGGAGCACCACUCUGACGACGGUGACAGGGGUCUGGCUGACGACACUGGUGCCAAGAAGAAGAAAAAGAAGCAGAAAAAGAAGAAGAAAUCUGGUGCCACAGAAGCAGCUCAGGACACCCUCUCUAAGGUGAAUUCAUUGCCAGCUGAUAAGCUACAGGAGAUCCAAAAGGCCAUUGAACUGUUCUCUGUAGGCCAAGGCCCUGCCAAAACCAUGGAGGAGGCAACUCGGAGGAGUUACCAGUUCUGGGAUACGCAACCUGUUCCCAAGCUAGGGGAGACGGUGACAUCGCACGGUUCCAUUGAACCUGACAAAGACCACAUUCGAGAAGAGCCCUACAGCCUCCCACAGGGCUUCAGCUGGGACACCCUCGACUUGGGGAGCCCUGCUGUGCUCAAGGAGCUUUACACCCUUCUCAAUGAGAACUAUGUGGAAGACGAUGACAACAUGUUUAGAUUUGACUACUCUCCCGAGUUCCUGCUCUGGGCCCUGCGGCCCCCCGGCUGGUUGCCCCAGUGGCAUUGUGGAGUGAGGGUUAACUCUAACCAGAAGCUGGUGGGCUUUAUCAGUGCCAUACCUGCCACUAUCCGCAUCUAUGACAUAGAAAAGAAAAUGGUUGAGAUCAAUUUCCUCUGUGUUCAUAAGAAGCUUCGCGCCAAACGAGUCGCUCCCGUUCUGAUCAGAGAAAUCACCAGACGGGUGAACCUGCAGGGCAUCUUUCAGGCGGUGUACACUGCGGGUGUGGUACUGCCCAAACCUGUGGGCACAUGCAGGUACUGGCAUCGUUCUUUGAACCCACGCAAGCUAAUCGAGGUGAAGUUCUCCCACCUGAGCAGGAACAUGACUAUGCAGCGCACCAUGAAGUUGUACCGUCUGUCUGAUGCCCCGAAGACUUCAGGUCUGCGGCCAAUGACCAAGAAGGAUGUGCCUGUGGUACAUCGUCUCCUCCGUGAGUACCUGAGCCAGUUCAGCUUGGUGCCCGUUAUGAGCCCGGACGAGGUGGAACACUGGCUUCUGCCCCAGGAGAACAUUAUCGACACUUACUUGGUGGAGAACGGUGGCAAAGUGACCGAUUUCCUGAGUUUCUACACGCUGCCCUCUACCAUCAUGAACCACCCUGUGCACCGCAGUCUAAAAGCUGCCUACUCCUUCUAUAACGUGCACACCACCACCCCACUGCUUGACCUGAUGUCUGAUGCCCUCGUCCUGGCCAAAUCGAAAGGGUUCGAUGUCUUCAAUGCACUGGAUCUAAUGGAAAACAAGACUUUUCUGGAGAAGCUAAAGUUCGGCAUCGGUGAUGGGAAUCUACAGUAUUAUCUGUACAAUUGGAAGUGUCCAAGCAUGGGGUCAGAAAAGGUCGGGUUGGUGCUGCAGUGACCUUCAUUUACGCCAUAAACAAGUGUCACCAACAGGCCAGGAGACCACACCAUCGCACUGACCACCUGACAGAUGGACUGAUGAUGACUUCCUGCUUUAGGAAAGGAAAAACCACCGCCCAUUUUUACUUUUUGACCUUUUGAACUUUGACCUGCACUACUGCUGCCAGGCGGGGAGGCGGGAAGAGUCUUCAAUUCUUCCUCCUCCCUCAAUCACAUGGACCUUAAGCCAUUGUAGUUACCAUCGCAAACAACUGUAUUACAUCUGGAAGCUGUCUUGAUUGUACCAAACACACAGACACAAGAACAGUUUGCACAGAUUUCUUUAUACCAAACACUCACUUUUGGCUUACACACCAUACAAUACCUGUAAAUAGUAUCAAAACCUAACUGCAGAUUAUGCCCUAACACAAAAGGAACCUAUGGUUUUAUUCCUAAAAGUUGGAAGUGCUUUUUGCAAUUCAAAUCAAUCUGUCAUCUUUAAGUUUUAGAUAUAAACAAAAAUAUCUUAAAGAGGAAAAAGCUCAAAAAGAUGAGGUAAUAAAUACCAAAAGUGGACACCAGUGGCCUGUACUACCAAGCAAUUUCACCGUACUACGAAGCUGGUUAUCAAAUGUCUCAGUUAACUCUGGGUUUUCUUAUCCCGCUAUAUGUGCAGUCAUAAGAACUAUGAAUAAAGUUCUUAAUGUGUCAGAAAUGCUGAAGCCUGGGGGUAGUCAGUUUAAAGUCAAAGUGACUUUCAACAAAGAGAUACAUAAAUGAUAAUUACAUCGCUAGAAAAAGAAACAAAACAAAUUCUCAUUUUUAAAUCAAGGUUAAGGCUGUAUUAUUAAUUUUAGUCCUGAUAAUUUUUCCUCUUAGCUGAUGGAUAAAGUGUUAGGAACAUGUGAUGCAGAUAGAAACAUCUGGGAUGUGAGACUUACUGCUGCCAAAGCCGAGAGGAGAAAAGAAAAGUAGUGAAUCAUGUGUGAGAUCAGGCUUAGUGAAAUGUUCAUUUAUUAUAAUUAGAAAUGUUUAAGUGUGUGGAUACUUUUUUUUCAAAUACAAUACAUUAGAGGGUUUAGUUUACUAUUUAUCCUCAAGUUAAGAAAGCAAAAGCAUAAACACUUGAACACUGUGAGGAAUCAAAUAACCUUUCACUUAAAAGGAAGCUGUAAUAGUUGGGCUGCAUUUAUGUAUUUUGAAGCUCUUUUAGAACUACAGUGGACACAUAAAAGUCUGGAACAGGUUGGUACUACAGCAUAAGUUACUAUUUUGAUUUUGUUAAAUGUGAACCAGCCUCGUAGAACUGAAAACCCAGAGUUUAACAUGAAGCUCCACAGAUCCUGCUUCGUAGUACAGGCCCCAGAAAAGGGCUGUUAAGAUUAUGCUUGACUCCUGUAUUUUUAUUUUUUUUCCUCCAUCAGCCAUUAUGAAGAUGUAUGUGCCUGAUUUGGCGUAUGUCUUCUGGAGGUCUCCUCAUCUGUAUUAACUUUCAUGAACCUCUCAUCAAGCUUACUGCACUAACAGAAGAAGCAGAAAGAGAAACAGACUAAUCAUAGCAGACCAACUCAGUUUGAGGGGGGAAAAAGCUCCUUUGGGACGAGGUUGGACUGUGACAGAGGUUAAAAGCUUUUCAGUGGGGUUUACUCAACACAUUUAUGAGCAGGAAUCAGAUUUUAAAGACGACUUGAAUAAGUUGUGUCCCGGUUUCAAUGUCCACCCUUACUAACAGAGUUUGACGUAUGUUCCUGGAAAGUCAAGGGCUUCGAGGUCAAAAUCAGAAACUGAAAGUGCUCUUUCUUUUCUUGAACUCAUGAUGCAGGUUUUUCUUGGGGGGCAAUCUCACAGUCUUAAAAGAUAAAGUACAAGACAACAAACACAUAAGAAAAACUGAAGGAUCCUAUGUUCUGGCUCAUUUAAUGAAAUAACAGCUCUAAUUUUAAUCUAUUUAUUAGGAUUUAUUUAGAAAAUGACAACAAAUGUGCAGUUUUAUUAACUUGCAGAUGAAAUAUGAGCCUCACACAGCCUAAAGAUCCUCAUGCUCAGUUCCCUGUCAGGUAGAAUGGGAGUUUUCAGGAGGGUGGGUGUUGGAGCUGGGCCCGUGAACAGCCAUCAUGGUGGUGGUUGUGAUGAUGAUGGUGACUGGGGAGAAGCCCCUGCUUAAAAUAAGUGUUUCCUGUCUGAGUGUUGGUUCUAUUUGCAAAUGGAUGUAAAAAAUAAAUGAAUAAAGAAUGGGUCUUAUGGUGUUGCAGGAAACUAAUGUGAAGAGGCAGGUGAUUUUCUUCUUUUUUUGAACAAAAAAUAAAAUCUAGAAGUUGCUGUGAGA